UCCCCGGCCUCGGGGGCUGUGACAAUGGACUAUGACUUUAAAGUGAAGCUAAGCAGCGAGCGGGAGCGGGUCGAGGACCUGUUUGAAUACGAGGGCUGCAAAGUUGGCCGCGGCACUUACGGUCACGUCUACAAAGCCAAGAGGAAAGAUGGGAAAGAUGAUAAAGACUAUGCUUUAAAACAAAUAGAAGGAACUGGGAUCUCUAUGUCAGCAUGUAGAGAAAUAGCAUUACUUCGAGAGCUUAAGCAUCCAAAUGUUAUCUCUCUUCAAAAGGUGUUUCUGUCUCAUGCUGAUCGUAAAGUAUGGCUUCUGUUUGACUAUGCUGAACAUGACCUCUGGCAUAUAAUCAAGUUUCACAGAGCUUCUAAAGCAAACAAGAAGCCAGUUCAAUUACCUCGGGGAAUGGUGAAGUCAUUAUUAUAUCAGAUCCUAGAUGGAAUUCACUACCUGCAUGCUAACUGGGUGUUGCACAGGGAUUUGAAACCUGCUAAUAUUUUAGUUAUGGGUGAAGGUCCUGAGCGAGGAAGAGUAAAAAUUGCUGAUAUGGGCUUUGCCCGAUUAUUUAAUUCACCUUUGAAGCCUUUAGCAGAUUUGGAUCCGGUGGUUGUAACAUUCUGGUACCGAGCCCCAGAACUACUGCUUGGAGCAAGACAUUAUACCAAAGCUAUUGAUAUUUGGGCUAUAGGGUGUAUAUUUGCAGAACUACUAACGUCAGAACCAAUAUUUCACUGUCGACAAGAGGACAUCAAAACUAGUAAUCCUUAUCACCAUGACCAGCUGGACAGAAUAUUCAAUGUAAUGGGAUUUCCUGCAGAUAAAGAUUGGGAAGAUAUAAAAAAGAUGCCUGAACAUUCAACAUUAAUGAAAGAUUUCAGAAGAAAUACGUAUACCAACUGCAGCCUUAUCAAGUAUAUGGAAAAACAUAAAGUUAAACCAGAUAGUAAAGCAUUCCAUUUGCUUCAAAAAUUGCUUACCAUGGACCCAAUAAAGCGGAUUACCUCAGAACAGGCUAUGCAGGAUCCCUAUUUCUUAGAAGACCCACUUCCUACAUCAGACGUUUUUGCCGGUUGUCAGAUCCCUUACCCAAAACGAGAAUUUUUAACAGAAGAAGAACCUGAUGACAAAGGAGACAAAAAGAACCAGCAGCAACAGCAGGGCAAUAACCACACUAAUGGAACUGGCCACCCAGGGAACCAAGACAGCAGUCACACACAGGGACCCCCAUUGAAAAAAGUGAGAGUUGUUCCUCCUACCACUACCUCAGGUGGACUAAUCAUGACCUCAGACUAUCAGCGUUCCAAUCCACAUGCUGCCUAUCCCAACCCUGGACCAAGCACAUCACAGCCCCAGAGCAGCAUGGGAUACUCAGCUACCUCCCAGCAGCCUCCACAGUACUCACAUCAGACACAUCGGUACUGAGCUGCAUCGGAAUCUUGUCAAUGCACUGUUGCUAAUGCUGCAGGGCUGACUGUACAGCUCUCCGCAGGAACCUGGUAUGGGCCAUGAGAAUGUACUGUACAACCACAUCUUCAAAAUGUCCAGUAGCCAAGUUCCACCACUUUUCACAGAUUGGGGUAGUGGCUUCCAAGUUGUACCUAUUUUGGAGUUAGACUUGAAAAGAAAGUGCUAGCACAGUUUGUGUUGUGGAUUUGCUACUUCCAUAGUUUACUUGACAUGGUUCAGACUGACCAAUGCAUUUUUUUCAGUGACAGUCUGUAGCAGUUGAAGCUGUGAAAUGUGCUAGGGGCAAGCAUUUGUUGUUGUAUGUGGUGACUUUUUUCAGUGUAACAACAUUAUCUGACCAAUAGUACACACAGACACAAAGUUUAACUGGUACUUGAAAAAAAACAUAAACAAAAACAAAAACAAACAAAAAAAACAGUAUAUGUUAACUCAACAAAAUAACCAAGACUCAAAAUGAGAUUAUUUUGGUACAACUUUCUUUUUAGUGUCUUAUCAAUGGGUUGAUUCAUUUUCUCCAUUAAUCAGUGUUUUUGACCAUGAAUAUUGCUUGGAUCCUUUUGAAAGUACAGAAAGCCACAGUUUUUCCAGAAAGGUUUCAAAACUCCCAAAGAUUAAUUUCCAACUUAUAAGUUUUUUAUUUUCAAUCUAUGACUUGACUGGUAUUAAAGCUGCUAUUUGAUAGUAAUUAAAUAUGUUGUCAUUGAGAGAAACCUGUUUGGUUCAGCAAACAAACUAAAAUGAAUGUCAUAGACAGUGUUUUAUUUUUCCUGUUGGUGUUGCUGAUUUGUGAGCAUGCUUUAAGAUUUAAAAAGCAUGAAUGAUAACUUCCUUUAGAAGGUGCGGCAUCCAAUUCAGAUAUUUUGUCCUGAGUUUAACGUUGGUUGGUGUAGUGCUAUUAAAAUUUUGUUCAGUUAAUUUUCUUUUUACAAACUUGUUCGCACGUUGUUUAGGGUGCCCUUACUUCAGCAAAGGAGAAGGAGUAGGAGAGCCUUAGAAUUUUUGAGGAAAAAAAAACCUAUAACAUACAAUGUACUGUAUCAAACUAUUUUACAUGAAUGACACAAGUAUUCUGAAUUAAAAAAAGUUGAACAUUGUUAAAAACAAGGUGUUAUGUAAUAAAUUUAUUUUUCAUAAG